GUGACAGCAAGGGUGACAGUGUGCACCGGAGACCGAACACUGACAUACAGAGAGAUGUGUGACCGUAACAAUGGUCGGAGGCUGCGGCAGUGGCUCAUCGAGCAGAUCGACAGCGGUCACUACCCUGGGCUCAUCUGGGAAAAUGACGGGAAAUGCUUCUUCCGCAUCCCCUGGAAACACGCCGGGAAGCAGGAUUACAAUCAGGAAGUGGACGCCUCCAUCUUCAAAGCCUGGGCGGUAUUUAAAGGAAAAUUUAAAGAGGGCGAUAGGGCAGAGCCGGCGACGUGGAAGACGCGCCUACGCUGCGCACUCAACAAAAGCCCUGACUUUGAGGAGGUGACAGAGAGAUCCCAGCUGGACAUUUCAGAGCCGUACAAGGUGUACCGGAUCGUCCCGGAGGAAGAGCAGAAAUGUAAAAUUGCUGGGAGUAACCUGAAUGAUCUCACAGAGAUGGACUGCAGCUCCUCAGAAAUGGAGACGUCUGCGGAUGACUUCUUGGUGAACAUCAAACGCAGCCCAUCUCCGGCCAAGGACACCUGCCAGAAGCCAGGGACACAUGAUUGGUGGAUGUACUCUUCCAACGCAGGAAUGCAUGGAGUGGAAGGUUAUAACAUGUAUUCCAGUGAUCCGGUCCCUCACGGAUUUUCCCAGAUGGUCAUCCAGUUCUACUACGGAGGGAAAGCGGUCAGCCAACUGACGACGACGCGCAUGGAAGGGUGCCGCCUCUCCUUGCGCCAGCCCGUCGGCAGUGAAAAGUAUUACCUGUCAGAAGGUGUCGAAAACGUCCAGUUCCCCUCAGCGGAGUACAUCACGAGCGAGCGCCAGCGGCAGAUCACCAAGAAGCUGUUCGGACACCUGGAGAGGGGGGUCCUCCUAAUCAGCAACCGGAAUGGAAUCUUCAUCAAGAGGCUGUGCCAGGGCCGGGUGUUCUGGAGCGGGAACUGCAUGCCGUACAAAGACCGGCCAGCCAAGCUGGAGAGGGACGAGUUCACCAAAAUCUUCGACACCAAUCAGUACAUAAGAGAGUUCCAACAUUGUUACUCCAAUCAGCUGAGACUCCCAGACAGCAAAGUGACGCUGUGCUUUGGGGAGGAGUUUCCUGACGCCACGCCGCUGCAUAUGAAGCUCAUCAUCGUGCAGGUGGAACAGCUUGGCUUGAGGCAGCUGCUGGAACCUUCUACCAAAAACUACAACAUGGCCGGCUUGCACUUGGUGCCCGACUCUCAGAUGGACUCCAUCCAACGUCACCUCCCGGAUCCCUGCACCACCCACCAGAGGGCGUUCUACCGGGACACCCCGCAGAUCACAGUCUAAGCCCCGCCCCCCGCACUCCUCUGCCCGUAUUUUUACCUGUACAGUGACAAAUAAAUUUAUAUUUUUAUAGUU